ACUGCCUAAGACGCAGCUAGAGAGAACAGUAGGUAUGCUUUGGCACUGAGGCACUUUGAAUGGCCCACGGCAUGAGCAACUUGAGAAGCCACAGUCUGCAGACGUAUUCUGAUCAGCCUUUCACAGGAGUGCGAUUCAAUCUCUCUUCACAAUCCAGGACUUUCCCUGCCAGUUUCUCGGUUUAAAUGACAGCCAUGCCGGGAUCGGUGAUCCAGACCACCAUCAAGACCAAGGUCUCGCCAGGCCUGGAGUCUCUGACUGUCGUGGGGUCCCCUCGGGCCUUGUUCCGACCCCUGGGCCUUCUCCGCCUGCUGCAGCUGGUUUCUACCUGUUUGGCUUUCUUACUAGUGGCCUACAAGGGUGCCUGGAUGGGUGCCAUGGCCAACUGGUGCCUGUUCUCCUGGUGCUUCUGUUUCUCCAUGACCCUGCUAGUCCUCAUCCUGGAGUUGGGUGGAUUCCAGAGCCGCUUCCCCCUGUCCUGGCUGGAUUUCCCCAUCACCUGCGCCUCCUAUGGUGUUCUCUUCUGCCUGUCCUCUUCCAUCAUCUACCCUAUCACCUGUGUGCGGUUUAUGGCUCAUGGGUCUGUCAGAAAAAGCGCCGUCAGCGCCACAAUCUUCUCCUGCAUCGCCUGUGUGGCUUAUGUAACAGAAGUGGCCUGGACCCACACAAGACCCGGUGAGAUGACUGGCUAUAUGGCCACUGUGUCCGGGCAGCUCAAGGUCUUGGAGUCCUUUGUAGCCUGUGUUAUCUUCGUCUUCAUCAGCAACCCACACCUGUACACGCAUGAACCUGCUCUGGAGUGGUGCCUGGCCGUGUAUGCCAUAUGCUUCGUCCUAACCAUGGUGAUCAUCCUGCUGAACCUGGGGAAUUGCAACAACAUCGUGCCCAUCCCCCUCCCCACCUUCUUGUGCGGCAUCGCCUUCCUGUCCGUCCUCAUGUACACUACCGCCGUCGUCCUCUGGCCCCUCUACCAGUUCAGUGAGGCAUCUCCAGGCCAGGCCCAAAGAACCAUGGAUGCGACCUGUCAGUACACACGUCCCCACGCAGUGUGUGCCUGGGAUCGCCACCUGGUGGUGGCGAUCUUGACUGGUAUCAACCUGCUGACGUAUAUCGCUGAUUUUAUUCACUCUGGCUAGCUGGUGUUUGUCAAGGUCUAAGGUUUCCAAGGGGUCCUGUGGCAUGUCCCUGCGGCAAAGUCCCCGUUCUUCUUGCCCUGUUUUCUCCUGUCCCCUCUUCUUUAUACCUUCUAUCGGAUUCGCUGUUCUUUUUCCAGUUUAUUUUCUUUCCCACCAUCCUGCUUUGCCCCUGAGAUGUGUCUCCAUAGCCUUCCGCUUUUACACUUUUGCUUGUCCAAUCUACGUUUUUCUAUGAGUUUUCUUGUCUCUUUAUUUCCUGAUCGUAUCUUUCUCUUUCCUGAAAAGCCCUCAGACUCCUUACUGUGUCUAUCCACUACUUCUACCACUAAAGGAGUUGGCUGCACAUAUCCCAGACUCC